CAUCUGAAACAUCUGAAACUAAACAGAAUCGAUGAGCUAUUGAGUUCUGAUUCUGAUAGUAUCACUGUCGUUCAAUUCAAUUUAAUAUAAAUGUAUGUUUUAUGUAAUAUACUAAUAUACAUUUAAAUAUAAAAGCACAGGUAUACUUGUGAUUAUAUUAUUGCCGCAAAAAAUAUCAACGAGUCGUAUUGCAAUCGGAUAAAAACAAAAAAAUGAAUAAAUAUCCAGAGAACAUAGAAAUAAUUUGUGCAAGAGAGGAACAUAAACCAAAUAUAAAAUCAACAAUGAAGGAUUUUUAUUUGGAUGAACCGGUUUUCAAAGCUCAAAAGAUAGAUGUUGAAAAAUUAGAUAACUGCUUUUAUGGAUAUAAAGAAGAAGACUUCACAAUAAUAGCCAUUGAUAAAAAUAAUAAAGCUGUGGCAUCUUUAGCUAUAAAUAGUAUAACAAAACCUGAUAAUGCAUUGAAACAAAAAAUUAAUGCUGAUCAAUAUAAUAAAAGCAAUAUAGAUUUGUAUAGUGCUUUAAGAUUUUGGUCAUCAAUUCAGAGUGAGCCAUGUCUAUUCAAAAUGUUAAAUGUAGACACAAUGUGGGAGAUUAAAACCUUAGCAACAGCACAACAAUACCGAAAUCUUGGAUUGUCAACAGCUUUAGCAAAAAAAUCGUUUGAAGCAGCUUUGCUCAAUGAUGAUAUCUCAAUUAUUUGCAUGGACUGUACUAAUUACUUUAGUGCAAAAAUAGCUCAGAAUCUAGGAAUGGAGUGUGUGGUAAAAAAACAUUUUAGUGAAUACACAGACGAUAAUGGGCACCCUUGGAUAAAGAACAUACCCAAACCACCAAAUGAUACAGUAAAUGUGUUUAUUUUUAAGAAAAAGAAUUACAAAAAUAAAGUUUAAUUAAUGAUGUCUUGGUAAUCUAUGUAAAAAUAUGAUAAGUAAAUUAAUUAUUGCACUUAA